AUGGGUGGUAAAGUUGAUUCGAAAAUACAUAGAGGAAAUGCUCCGUAUGUAUACCGAAUUAGUGGUGAGAAUUAUCAUACAUUGGGAAGUCUUCUUCCUAAAGAAGGUGGUGAACCAAAAUUUGCGCAGCUUUACAUAUACGACACAGAUAAUGAAGUCUGUAAUCGGAAAACCAUAUUUAGUAACUCAAAGAAACCAGCUUCCGCAACUUUUGAUUUGCUUGACACUGAACACAGAGCAAAUUGGUCUAAAGAUGGUCGUACAUACAACCUACCGACGUCGUCCGAAGUUGCUGCGCUUAUUGUUGGAGACAUUGAGGAUGCUCUUGAUAAUCGUGAUGUAGUUGUUGAGUCAAAGAAAGAUGGUCUACAGCGUAUUAGCGAGCUUCAUCCAUCGUAUCUCGCGCUUCAGUAUCCAUUGUUUUUCCCUUUUGGUGAAGAUGGUUACCGGAUUGAUAUUCUUCAUAGAGAAGGAAGGGCAUCAACGAAGAAGAAAGAGUCAAAAUGUUCAAUGAGAGAGUAUUUUGCUUACCAUGUUCAAGAUAGAGUCAAUCAUUUCUCUUUGAUUCUCAAUGCUCAAAGACUUUUGCAACAGUUCUUGGUUGACGUAUAUACGAUGAUUGAAAGUGAACAAUUACUAUUCAUACGUCUACAGCAAAAUAAUCUGAGAUCUGAGACAUAUGAGAACCUUAGUAAGCUUCAACAAAAUGGUAAUCCAGAUAUGUCAAACAUUGGAACACAUUUACUACUACCGUCUUCGUUUACUUGUGGAUCGCGAUAUAUGAGGGAGAAUUAUUAUGAUGCGAUGGCCAUUUGUAAAUGGUUUGGAUACCCUGAUUUUUUCAUCACGAUCACGUGUAAUCCUAAAUGGCCAGAGAUUAAAAGAAUUCUGAAGGACAAGAACAUUAAUCCGGAGGAUAGACCGGACAUUUUAUGCCGAUUGUUCAAAAUUAAGCUUGACGCAAUCAUGAAAGACUUGCGAGAGAAAUCUUUAGUCAGAAACGCAUCGGCAGUUCUCUAUACCAUAGAGUUUCAGAAACGGUCUACCGCAUGCCCAUAUCUGUCUGUUCAUUCAGGAUUUUUUGUUGAGAAAUCUGGUAUUCAGCUUGAUAACAGAAGUGUGGUUCCGUAUAGCAAAACCAUAUUGAGACGUUAUCAGGCACACAUUAACGUCGAAUGGUGUAACCAGGCUGCGUCCAUAAAGUAUUUGUUUAAAUACAUUAACAAAGGACCAGAUAGGGCAGAAUUUGGUUUUGUACAAAAUGCCGAUGAAGGUCAGCGUGAAGAUGGAAAAAGUGAAGUCAAAGAGUAUUACGAUUGCAGAUAUCUCUCGGCUUGCGAAGCUUCAUGGAGCAUCUUUGCAUUUGAUGUUCAUUACCGCUAUCCAUCUGUAAUCAGGCUUCCAUUUCAUCUACUAGAUAAACAAAACGUUGUAUACGGCCCUGAUGACGAUCUUGAUAGUGUUCUUCAAAAACCAUCUAUUUCUUCUAUGAUGUUUUUGGGGUGGAUGGAAAAGAAUGAACAAGAUCCAUUGGCGCGCACCCUUACUUAUGUUGAGUUCCUAACUAAAUUUGUAGUAGGUCCUAAGUCUUUUGAAGAGAUUCGUACUGUGAAUGGACAAGUCUUCCCAACAUUUAGAGAUGCGUGCUACGCUAGAGGCCUUUUAGACGACGACAAGGAGUAUAUAGAAGCUAUCAAAGAGGCGUACUACACAGGUUUGUCUCUUCCAAAAGAACAAAUAAGGAACCUAACAUUGCUUAAAAUUGAGCGUUACUUAUUACGUAACAACUCAAGUCUAAGUCGGUUUCCGUCUAUGCCUCAACCCGAUAGUGAAUCAAUAUAUUCAGCAGACAACCGUUUAAUUGCUGACGAGCUUGGGUAUGAUGUAAGCGCUACUGCCAUUGAAUUUGAUAAUAAUUUAAGCAGCCUAACCGAUGAGCAGCUUUUAGUGUUUGUUGAGAUAAUUCAAGCAGUUAAUAGUAAUGUGGGUGGUCUAUUCUUUGUCUAUGGCUACGGAGGGACUGAAAGCUUGAUGUGUUUUAUUAAACCGGACGAUGACGUUGCUGAUUUAUUGAGGAAAACGAAAUUGAUAAUUUGGGAUGAAGCAUCGAUGAAUCAUAAACAUGUGUUUGAAGCACUUGACCGAACAAUGAAAGAUAUCUUCAAAUGUGAGAUGACCUUUGGUGGUAAAGUUAUGGUGUUCGGUGGUGACUUUAGACAAAUACUUCUGGUUGUACCAAAUGGCAGUACACGAGAAAUCGUUAAUGCUUCAAUCACGUCAUCGUAUAUUUGGAGUACUUGCAAGGGAAAAAUUGAUGACAGCGAUGAUUGUGAGGUGGUUAUAGAUAUUCCUGAAGAUCUGUUAAUCAAGUGCUCUGUGGAUCCUAUGUCAGAUUUGAUCGACCUUGUAUACCCUUCACUUCUUCAACUGUACAAAGAUAAAGAUUAUUUUGCUGAAAGAGCUAUACUGGCACCAACAAAUGAGGUUGUUCAAGAAAUUAAUGAAAGAUUGCUUGCUUCGUUUCCUGGUGAUGAAGUGGAGUAUCUGAGUUCUGAUAGUAUUUGUCAAACUGAUCAAGCAAAGAAUGAAGCACAUGUGAAACUAUAUUCUCCCGAUAUUCUGAAUGGACUUAAAAUAUCUGGUCUGCCUAAUCAUCGAUUAGUCCUUAAAGUCGGUGUACCUGUAAUGUUGCUUCGUAUUAUCGAUCAUCAAAAUGGUUUAUGCAAUGAGGCUGAGAUUAUAUCCGGAGGAAACAUAGGGACAAGAACGUUUAUUCCACGAAUUAGUUUGACACCGUCGGAUAAAAGAAUUCCUAUCAAGUUUCAACGACGACAAUUCCCCUUAAAUCUUUAUGUUGCGUUAUCAAGAGUCAAAAGCAGGGCCGGUGUGAAGUUGCUUAUACUAGACAAAGAUGGGAAUGUAACGAGUAAAACAACAAAUGUCGUCUACAAGGAAGUUUUUUCCGGGAUUUGA